AUUUGACAGGCGAAGAUCUACUCCGCUUCUGUGUGGCAAUUUGACAGAUGGAGUUGGUUUGACUCUGAAAUAAGGCUGAAGGCAUUUGGGGAAAUACACAAGAAAUUCGGGCUUUGCUGUCAUGAGAGUUAAACAACAGAGUGAACAUGGAGAGCACUCAACGAAUUCGAGCCAAUUGCUGAUCAACCAGCUCAGGGAGAUCACUAGCAUCCAAGACCCACAGAUCCUCCUCAGAGCCCUGAAUGCAAGCCAGGGAGACAUCAGCCAUGCUGUUGGACUGCUGACCACACAGCCUGCUGAGAAUGGCCAGGGCACUCCAGAGACUCCAGACAAAGAAGGCAACAUUGAGGCCUGGGAGGCCCAGACAGAUGCUUCUCCUAAAGAUGACCUUCAGACAGCCAUCGAACUCAGCUUGCAAGAAUCCCAGGCAGAGGAAAGAGAACUCAACAGGGCCUUGGAGGCCAGUGUGGAGGACAGUGCUGCACGGGUGAAGAGGAAGCGCUGUGAACCCCAAGGCGAGAGCUCCAGCCCUGCAGAUUGGAUCCGCCAGGAGGAUUGGCCUGUGGGCAUCCGCAAUGUGGGCAACACCUGCUGGUUCAGUGCCGUCAUACAGUCCCUGUUUCACCUGCCCGUGUUCCGCAGAUUGGUACUCAACUACUGCCUGUCUGAGCGAAUCCUGGAGAAGUGUAAGAGCCCCUCGGACAAGAGGAACAUAGCCUUCAUGCAGGAGCUGCGCUGUCUUUUUGCUCUCAUGACCGGCUCCACUCGUAGGUUCGUGGACCCCUCUGCUGCCGUGGAGCUUCUGAGAGACGCUUUCAGAACCAGUGAGGCCCAACAGGAUGUUAGUGAGUUCACCCACAAACUCCUUGACUGGCUUGAAGAUGCCUUUCAGCUGGCUGCUAAUGGAAACAGUCCGGAAGACAAAAAAGAAAAUCCAAUGGUUCAGCUUUUCUAUGGGACUUUUGUGGCAGAGAGAAUACAUGAGGGCAAGAUCUUAUCAAACAUCGAGCAAUUUGGCCAGUACCCCUUACAAGUAAACGGUUUCAACAACUUGGAUGAAUGUCUGGAAGGUGCAAUGGUAGAGGGGGAGAUUGAAGCUCUGUAUUCUGAUCAAACCAUUUCAUCUGGCAGUGAGAGGUGGUUCUCGACAUUGCCACCCGUGUUGACCUUUGAACUGUCCAGGUUUGAGUUCAACCAGUCUUUAGGACGCCCUGAGAAAAUCCACAAGAAAUUGGAGUUUCCACAAAUAAUUUAUAUGGACCGUUUACUGUAUGUGAACAGAUACCUUCACAAAAACAAUGAGCAGACCCAUAGCAGGAGAGGAGAGGCCAAGAAACUGAAGGAGCAGCUCACAGUCCUGCAACAAAAACUGGAGUGCUACAGACACUAUGGCUCCGGGCCUGUUAAGUAUCCACUGGCAGACAUGUUACAGUAUGUGUUGGAGUUUGCCUGCACUAAGCCCAGCAGUGUGUCCCCAGCUGAAGACGUGAGGCCGGCUUCCUCCUCCCCCACCCCGUCCAGCAGCAACCUCCAGCACGCAGACGCCAACGACACCAGUCAGUGCCAGGAGCCAGGAGAAGCAGGCCCAUCUGAUGGCCCUGCCUGCCAGCAGCAGCCUCCCUUGGGCCAGAGGACGCCCAUCUACAAACCCUUCACACAGUGUAGACCCAUAAUGGACAGCCCACCUCACCCAGCCCCCCACUGUGUCGCAGAGGAGGAGCUGCGCUUCGUCAAGACCUGCCUACAGCGCUGGAGGACAGAGGUGGAGAACAACAUAAACGAGCUAAAGGCCAGCAUCGACAGGGUCAGUCAAGAGCUGGAAGGCAUGUACUCGGAUAACAGCUUGUGUCAGGUGCCGUACCGACUCCACGCCGUCCUCGUCCACGAGGGACAGGCCUCGGCAGGCCACUAUUGGGCUUACAUCUACGACCAUCACAACCAGCACUGGAUGAAGUACAAUGACGUCAUCGUCACGGAGUCCUCGUGGGAGGAGCUGGUCAGGGACUCAUACGGAGGCAUCACAAAUGCCAGCGCCUACUGCCUCAUGUACAUCAAUGACAACUUACCUCAUCUAAUCGCAGAGGACACAGACAACGAGACAGGACAGGCCACCAAGGGCAUGGACAGCCUGCCAGCAGUCCUCAGGCGCUACGUCAGAGAGGACAACCGCUGGUUCCAGCAGGAGCUGAAGGACUGGGAGGAACAGUUCUGUCAGCCACCACGGGACGAGCCGGCAGCCCCCACAGCAGCCUCGCCCUCCCCUUGUGGUCCCAGUCAAGAUCAGCCAGCAGAACCAGGACAUGCCCUGGAACCCACUGGGGAGCAGGAACAGGAACCAGAGGCAGAACCAGCUGCGGUACCAACAGUGGAACUUGGAGAGCCGGUCCCAAGAAGCCAGCCUCCAUCACCAGUCCCUGACUCACCAGAAAGCCCUGGCAGCAGCACGGAAGACGACCAGCAGGCUGGUUCAGUCACGCCAGAGGAAGGGGAGAGGCAGGAACACAGUCAGCAGCUGCCCCCACCACGGUCUCUCAGCCCUGCAGCGGAGACGAGCGGUCAGGCCCAGGCCGCGGCUGUAAUCCCUGACCCCUCCACAGGCGUAUCCCCUGAGGCCGACGGCAGGCCUGAGGUCACCGAGGCCCGGGGGGAAGCUGCGGAAGCACCCGACAGCCAGGUAGAUGGCACGGAUGGUCAAGAUGCCUCGGCCGCGUCUACACGCAGACACCAGCAAUCAGAGGACAUGGUGUCAGAGGUGGAGAUUCCCAACGUGGGAAAGAUCCUGGUCCGGGCCGACACGGACGGUUACAAUGAAGAGAUGAUGCUGACUCCAGCCAUGCAGGGCAUCAUCAUGGCCAUAGCUAAAGCCAGACAAGUGUUUGACAGCGACGGCCCUGAGGCUGGCCUCAUCAAGGCGUUCCACGAGGAGUACUCCCGUCUGUUUGAGUUGUCCCAGGAGGAGACCACUCCCCAGCGAGACCCACGUCUGCACCACGCACUGGUCUACUUCUUCCAGAACCAGGCGCCCAACCGGGUCAUCGAGAGGACCCUGCUGGAGGGCUUUACCGACCGCAACCUCAGCUUCGAUGACAGGUCCAUCAGCAUCAUGAGGGAGGCUCGUGCCAAACUACGCCUCAUCAAGCCAGAGGAUAUGGACAUGGAAGAGUAUAUGCAAUGGCAUGAUGACUACAGCCUGUUCCGGACAGUGUUUGUCUACCUGCUGACAGGCCUGGAACAGUACCAGCAUGGAAAGGUGCGCGAGGCGUUGAAUUACCUUAACCACGCUUACAAAGACAACGCCAUGCUGCUGAGGAGAGGGGACAGGAGAGGGGUGGAUCAGUCGCUUAUUGCACUUCACAGGAGGAGGUGUCUCAAAGAGGUGAAUGACAACGCGGCCAUGCUGUUCAGGAGCAGUGAGGUAAGCGAUGUGGAGGACGGCGUGGUCAUCAUGAAUGAGGCAGUCAUCCCCUGCAUGCAACUGAUGAGCCGGCCGGACACGGUCAGCCAGGAGGACCUGGACACAAUGGAGGCUAUCCGCAGCCACUGGUGCUCCUACCUGGGGGUGGACCUGGAAGACUCGCUACAGGAGAAGUUGGGUGAGUUUCUGCCCAGAGUCCUGGACUGCUCAACAGAGAUGGUGGUCCUAAAGGAUCCACCCACGGUGCGCUCCAAAGUGCCCCAUGACCUGUGCAGUCGCCUGGCCGCCAUCAUGGAGUCCAUCACCAACACAUCUGCUGUUGCCGUCAAGUAAGGGCCCCGGGGUCAUAGGUCGACUGCUGAGUGUCAGGGUCGGGACAAAUGCUGGAAUUGUGCCUAGUAGUGCAACGUUGUUUUUUUAUAUUCAUUUUUAAUGUGCUUUUGUCAUAUUUUUCUAAGCCAGAACAUUUAAGGGGGAUUCUGAGUGACAUAAGGCAGAUCUUAAACACUCGAAUGGUAAUCACAUAUGCCAGGGGAGCUGUUAGUGCCUUGAACCUAUGCAGGUGUGUUUUAAGACCAUGAAAACACAAGAAGAGUAAUUUUGUUUGUUUCGUAGAUAUUUUACGUUUGUCAUGUUAAAUUAGGAUUGCCGUGAACAACAAGCUGAUGAUUUAGAUGCUUAGAAAUUCACAGAUUCCUUUGUUUUAUUGUUUUGUAUUUUAUAUAUGUAAGCCUUUCCUUCAAACUGUUUUCCACAUCUGGAAACCUAUGUGCGCGCUCAAUAAACUUUCAAACUUUC